AUGACAUUCUCCUCGCCAACGAGGCGGAGUCAGUUGCUCUCGAGCCCCGAGCGAAACAUUGCCGCGACCUUCCUUCUUGAUACACGGAAUAAUGAGCUGAAUCAUCGAGAUGCUCUGGCGGCAGCUCAAUCAGAGCAUGAUCGCGUUCGUCAAGCGGCUAUCCGAGUCUUUGAGCUCCACGAGCUCCAGGAACAGCACAAGCGCAUCGUUGCUGAAGAGCGCAAGGAGGAGGAGAGGCUCAAGGCUGAAGCAGCUCUGGUCGCGGAGGAGAAGAGGUUACGGGAACUCAGGGCCACGGUGGUCCCGCAAUUACCCCCAGAGCCGGCGCCACAACCACCUCCGGCCAAACCAGAACCUCCAAAGGCAAACGGAGUAACUCCAGUCAAGGAUUCGAAGCAGCCCGAGGUAUCCACGACGCCUUCAACUGAAGUAAAGAAGCCUGCUCCGGCACCAGCAUCUGCUCCCACGAACACUGGGCUCUUUUCUCAAGCCAAACCGAGUAACCCAUUUGGUACUACACAACCAUCCUCACAGAAUCCAUUUCAAAAACCAAAUGGGCCUACAACACAACCUCCAGCUCCAGCUGCUACAGCGACUCCUCAGCCUACAGUCAAGCCUACUGCGCCAGCCGUACAGCCUGUACAGCCCAGACCGGCUCCCACCAUCGACCGAUAUUCCCAGAUCCAUCAAGAGCUCAAGAAGCUGCGCAAAGAACUGGCAGCGCAGUCAAAAAUCGCUGGCUCACCCCUAAAAGGCAAACUGGGUGCUGCUCGACGAGAAAUUCGUGUAGCUAUUGGUCAAUUGACAGGCGGAAAGGGAGCGAAUGCUCAACCUAUCAACAAAAUCACUGCAGCCCUAAAAGAGGCUCUGGAAGGUCGAAUCCCCAGUCCCCCAAUCGACGUCAGCAACUUUGUGGUCGAUCAAAGAGAGCCUGUGGAGGGAUCUAUGAACAACGAUGCCACGCUACCCUCGCUCUUCAUAUAUCUCAUCAACAUCUGCGCCAAGGGUAUUGUGAACCAGUUCAUCAAUGAGGGCGGCGCAAACCCCAAAGCCGCAGACCCUGUUGGUGUCUUUGCGGCCCAUAUCUUUUCUACCAAGGAGUUCCAAUGGCGAGGCCAAUCCUUAGUCGACAUCCUCAUGGCCAAGUAUCGCAUAGUGUGCCCUGUCCUAUUCGGUCACAGGGGCAGUGACAGAACAGAACGUGGUCGUAUGGCCAUCGGGUGGAAGAAGGAUGGGCCGUCGUGGAUCACUGAGCAAAGCCAUAAUGACAGGAUGACCGGCUUAGGCGCCGGCUAUGCUUCUUUGUCUCUGAGAGACUUUAGCAAAUCAUCCAAGAAGAACCCUUACCCCCCUACAAACUACUGGAAAGCGCUCUCCUAUAUCGUCAACUCACCACCCAACGAGACAUCAAACACCCAAUACGUUGUGCUACGGUCCAUGAUUCAGGGCCACGAGCAACGCUUCCUUAACUUCUAUGGCAACGCAGCAUUGGCUGCGUUACGACUCGCGCUUAUCGAAUUCCCAAAGAAGGCACCUCAGAACGCCACGGCUGCUGGCUCCCUAGCUGCUCUUGCGGAUUUACUCAAGACCGAGUCGGGACUGAUUUUGGUUUAA